AUGUCCGUCGGAAGCAGACUGCUGCGUCUGCCGCCCGAGUUGCGCGAUGCCGUCUACCACUUCGUCGCGCUGGACGACCGACUCGCCUUUGCCGACCACAUCCGGAGACCGCCGUUGCUGCGCACAUGCAAGCAGUUGCGCCAGGAAUACGCCAGUAUCUUCUUCGCUCAUGAAUUUGUUGUCUUCGACGCAUAUUAUCCCGAGACCGAUUGGUGGUCGCUCGUCGGAGGAAAGUCAGCCAAAAUGGACCUCUUCGGCCGCGCUCGCUUCAUCGACAUGGCUGGCUUCUGCAACAGUCUUGCAGGUGCCCAGAGACAUUGCCAGAAAUACUGUAAUCCGUUGACUGAGGAAGAAGUAACAACCGGAGGCCGUGGGGCUUGUUGA